GCGAAACCUUUGUAUAUUGGUAGCUUCCCCAUCAAGACGGAGGAGGAGCUAGAAAAACUGGAAGGAAUCAUAACUGAUGAAAAAAAAUGAAAUGGCUGCAUCAGUACAAGGUCUUAUAAAAAAUGGAGGAUUUGAAAAAAAUAUGGACUGCAUUUUUUCGACGGAAUUUAUUUUAGAUACUAAUUUAGACGGAAAGCAGGGGAAAAAAAGGCUUCUAAACUAUACGAAAAUUAUGGGAGUUUUAUAUGGGGCAGUUGAGAAGGACGGAAUAAAUGAAAAAGCCUUUCUUCACGCUUUAAGGACAGGUCUUAGACGCGUCAAAAAUCGACAUUUUAAAAAUAUUUGUGUUAACAAAAAAGCUCUGUCAGAACAAAAUGAAUAGUUUUACUUCCCUAAUUACGUAAUUUUUUAU